AUGGGGGAAAGAUUCGUGGUGGUUCCAGUGGACGCUGGGGGGGCCGCCAGAGUUGGGGGGGACUUGGACCCGGACACAGGCGGCGUCAGCGACACAGACGAGGUGGAGGAGCCCUUAUCUGUGCACGAGCCCCAGGAGCGCGAGUCGGUGGUGCCCAUUCUGAAGUACAGCAGGGAGCCCAAUAAGUACGGUGAUGGUGUCCCAAAGGAAAACAGUCCCUUCAUCAACAACACAGAACAUGACAAAGGCAACAGCUACGAUGGCACCAACAUGGCACUUUUUGAGGAAGAGAUGGACAGCAAUCCCAUGGUUUCAUCACUUCUCAAUAAACUUGCAAACUACACCAACCUCUCCCAGGGCGCCCAUGAACACGAGGAGGCUGAUGAAGAUGAGGGCCCAAAAAAGAAAGCUGUUAAGAAUGUCAAACCAUGCUUCAUCAUUAAACUGUUCUUUCCUUCUUGUCCACAGACUAUGCUGACAGCUAUAUCCAUGAGUGCAAUUGCUACUAAUGGUGUUGUACCAGCUGGAGGCUCGUACUACAUGAUAUCCAGAUCGUUGGGUCCAGAGUUUGGUGGAGCAGUGGGUCUAUGUUUCUACCUUGGGACGACGUUCGCUGGUUCUAUGUACAUCCUGGGUACUAUUGAGAUUCUACUGACCUACAUUGUGCCUAAAGCAGCCAUCUUUGAGGCAGAGCGAAAGGAGGAUGAAGUUGAUGCCUUGCUGAACAACAUGCGUGUCUAUGGCACGUGCUGCCUGGUACUCAUGGCAAUAGUUGUAUUCGUCGGAGUCAAGUAUGUCAACAAACUAGCGCUCGUCUUCCUGGCGUGUGUCAUUCUCUCCAUUCUUGCCAUCUACGCUGGAGUCGUCAAGACCAUCUUUGAGCCACCAGAUUUUCCUGUUUGCAUGUUGGGGAAUCGCACUCUGCAGAACCACAAUUUUGACCAGUGUCUAAAGACUGAGGUUGUAGAUAACCAGACAGUAACCACCAAGGUGUGGAAGCUAUUCUGCGAUGGGCCGGAGCUUAAUGCCACCUGCGACGAGUACUUCGCCAACAAUAAUGUAACGUUGAUGCAAGGCAUCCCCGGACUGAUUAGUGGAGUCAUUUCAGAAAACAUGUGGUCAGAGUACGGCCCUCUUGAUAUGUUGGUAGAAAACAAGAAGCUGCCUUCGUCUGGGGAAAGUGUCUCUGCCCAGGAUAUGUACCGACCCUAUGUAGUCAAUGAUAUUGCCACAUUCUUCACGCUGCUGGUUGGCAUCUACUUUCCCUCUGUCACUGGAAUUAUGGCUGGUUCAAACAGGUCCGGUGACUUGAGAGAUGCACAGAAGUCCAUCCCUAUUGGGACCAUUCUGGCUAUCGCUACUACCUCCUUCAUCUACAUCUCCAGUGUGGUUUUGUUUGGCGCUUGCAUCGAGAGAGUUCUCCUUCGAGACAAGUUUGGUGACUCUGUGAAAGGGAACCUUGUUAUAGGCACUCUGUCCUGGCCCUCACCCUGGGUCAUUGUAAUCGGCUCAUUCUUCUCAUGUUGCGGGGCAGGCCUCCAGAGUUUGACAGGUGCCCCUCGCCUGCUACAGGCUAUUGCACGGGAUGGCAUUGUUCCUUUCUUACAGGUGUUUGGUCACGGGAAGGCUAAUGGAGAACCUACAUGGGCUUUGUUGCUGACUGCUGGGAUCUGUGAAAUUGGCAUCAUCAUCGCCUCCUUGGACGCCGUAGCGCCAAUUCUUUCCAUGUUUUUCCUCAUGUGCUACCUGUUUGUCAACUUGGCCUGUGCUGUUCAGACCCUGCUGAGAACACCCAACUGGAGACCACGCUUUAAAUACUACCACUGGGUCCUGUCCUUCCUGGGAAUGAGCUUGUGUCUUGCCAUUAUGUUCAUUUCUUCCUGGUAUUAUGCUAUUGUUGCCAUGGUCAUUGCAGGCUGCAUUUACAAAUAUAUCGAGUACAGAGGGGCUGAGAAAGAAUGGGGUGAUGGCAUCCGUGGUCUCUCUCUUAAUGCAGCCCGCUAUGCUCUCAUCCGCCUGGAGGAGGCGCCGCCACAUACGAAGAACUGGAGGCCUCAGUUAUUGGUGCUUCUGAACCUGGAUUCAGAUCAAGCAGUCAAACACCCUCGGCUGCUGUCCUUCACCACUCAACUGAAGGCAGGGAAAGGCCUGACCAUCGUGGGGAAUGUUUUAGAGGGAACUUAUCUCACAAAGGAGACAGAGGCCAAGAAGGCUGAGCAGAACAUCAAGUCCGUCAUGUCAGCUGAGCGUACCAAGGGUUUCUGCCAUGUUGUGGUGUCUUCAAACCUGAGAGAUGGCUUCUCUCACCUCAUUCAGUCUGCAGGCUUGGGAGGGAUGAAGCACAACACAGUGUUGAUGAGCUGGCCUGGGACGUGGAGGCAAUCUAAUGACCCGCAGUCAUGGAGAAACUUCAUAGAGACAGUGCGUGAGACCACAGCAGCUCAUCAAGCCUUACUUGUGGCUAAAAAUGUGGACAGUUUUCCCACCAACCAAGACCACCUAGGAGAGGGUACCAUUGAUGUGUGGUGGGUGGUUCAUGACGGAGGAUUGUUGAUGCUACUGCCCUUCCUGCUGCGACAGCACAAGGUGUGGAGAAAAUGUAAGAUGCGUAUCUUCACUGUAGCCCAAAUGGAUGACAACAGUAUUCAAAUGAAGAAAGAUCUCCAAAUGUUCCUUUAUCACCUGCGACUGGACGCUGAGGUGGAAGUAGUAGAGAUGCAUGAUAAUGACAUCUCAGCCUUCACUUACGAGAAGACGCUGGUGAUGGAGCAGAGGUCACAAAUGCUGAAACAGAUGCACCUUUCCAGGACUGAGCGAGAGAGAGAGAUUCAGAGUAUCACUGAUGAGUCUCGUAGCUCAAUCCGGAGGAAGAACCAGGACGCCGCCGAAAGCUUGAACCUCAGCCGGCAGUCCUCAACGAUGGAAGACAACCAGGAGGACGAGGCCCAGCUCAUCCAUGACAGGAACACGGCUUCUCAUGCCACCAUAAAUGAAAAGGUGGAUGAAGGGCUUGAGCGGGUGCACAUGACCUGGACUAAGGACAAGCUCCUCACAGAGCGCAAUCGCAUCCGAGAGCCUAAUACUAACGUGGCAGUCCGUGACCUCUUCAGCAUGAAACCAGAGUGGGAGAGUCUGAACCAGUCAAACGUUCGUCGCAUGCACACGGCUGUUAAGCUGAAUGAGGUGGUGGUCAACAAGUCCCAGGGAGCUCAUCUGGUUCUGCUCAACAUGCCCGGACCACCAAAAAGCAAAGGAGGAGAUGAAAACUACAUGGAGUUCCUGGAGGUUCUCCUCGAGGGUCUCAACCGGGUCCUCCUGGUGCGAGGCGGCGGUAGAGAAGUCAUCACAAUCUACUCCUAAAAAUACCUAAAAAUAAUAACAGAAAUCUUAAUGUCCAUCACUGCGCACGUGGGCAUGUUGCUAUGAGUUCCA